UAGAAGUAGAACAUAAUAAAUUAAUGUAGAAAAUAAGUUUUAACUUUGAAAAUGCUAAGCAAGUUACGGAGCAAUGAAGCCUAUCAUGAGUGAAAUGUGAAUAUUUGUUAGUGGUAUUUAGAAUUUAAUUAAUCUAGAAAACAAGUUUAAAUGUGUUAAACAAGUUACAGGGUGAAUCAUGAGUGAAAUGUGAACAGUAGGAGUUGUUUUGAAUCAUACUAUAUGUUAUAUUAAUAUCAUACUUUAGUUACUAAUUAUUCCAGGUAAUUGAUAUUUAUUGUGGUCACGGAAAAGGUAUUCGUCCAUAUUAUACAAUGUCUCCAUCGCCGGAACAUAAUUUAAGAGAUCAGACACUUAACAAUGAAAGUAACAGCCACAAUAUUGGUGUUAGCACCACACUUCAACAUAACCCUGAAAGUAUAAUAUCAACACCACAAACUAUGCCUCCUGUGUCAGGAGAAGUUAUGCUGACACCCACCCAUCGGACAUUUACCCCACAAGCGCAUUCUGCAAACCCACAUAGUUCUAUGACUGCAAUUACUCCAAUAGCUAGUGCGGCUAGCCAAGCAAAAAGUAGCAUAAAAUUGCAGAACUGUAUUUCAACAGUCAGUUUAGGCUGUGAACUAAAAUUAUUAGACAUUUAUUGUCGGACAAGGUAUUCUGAAUACAACCCAUCUCGUUUCAAUGGUGUUGUUAUGAAAAUUCUGGAACCUCGUACAACUGCUUUAGUUUUUAAAUCUGGUAAAAUUGUAUGCACAGGAGCAAAAAAUGAACAUGAUGCUUAUAUUGGUGCUAGAAAAUUUGCAAGGAUUAUUCAAAAACUUGGUUAUCCGGUCAAAUUUCUCAAUUUUAAAGUACAAAAUUUUAUAGCAACUGCAGAUUUAAGAUUUCCAUUGAGGUUAGAGGCACUACAGCAAGCGCAUGGACAGUUUACAUCUUAUGAACCAGAGUUAUUUGCAGGUUUAGUGUAUAGAAUGAUUCGGCCAAGAGUUGUGUUGUUGAUUUUUGUGAAUGGCAAACUAGUUAUUACAGGUGGGAAGACUAGGAAUGAGAUUUAUGAAGCAGUAGAUAUUAUACACCCAAUUCUUAGAAGUUUCAAGAAAAACUAGUAUAUAAAUAAAUAUAAAUGUUAUCAUUAAAAUAUGGGAAAUGUUAGAACUUCGUUAUGUAACAUUACUGGUUCAAUUGUUUCAGUGAUGGUGCUCAGAUUUCAAUCUCGGCCACAUUAGAUCUAACCUUUCUUAAUACAUUGUUUAUAAAUUAUUUAUUCCAGCAAAGAGGUCUAUUUUAUUGACUGCAUUAAAUACUUGGGAAUUCAAUAGAGUCAAGAAAAUAGACUCUUUGAUGAGAAACCCUAAGUAAUCUACAAUCUGAUGACCAAUCAUCUUACUGUAAAUUACUUAGGGAGUCUCAUCAUUAACUAGAUAAUCUGAGAAGAGAAAUGAAACAACAAUUUAGCACUGUUCAGAUUUCGGUUUGGGCUACAUUCAACAUAAUCUUAAUACAUAAUUAAUUAUGAACUUAAUGAUUUAUUUAUUCCACCAAUGCCUAUACAUAAUAAAAUUUGUUGACUCUUAACGUUUAGUGGUUGGUUAAUCUGAGAAACGAAAUAUUUUUUCUAGUUUAGCAGCCUCUAGUCUCUAACUAGGUAAGGCAUGUUAGCAGUAAUAUAAAUUUAAAAAGCCAACUGUUGUGACCAUAUUAUUGAAAAGAAAUAAAGAUAAGAAUAUUAAA